AUGACCCAUUUGCCAGGUCUAAGCGAAAGUAGCGAAGACAAUGGCGACCAAGACGAGGACGAUGAUGAUGAUGAGGACGGAGAAGACCAUUCGAUGGAGGACGCAGAAGAAUCCAGUGAAGAUAGCUCAAAUCCAUGUCCGGGCAAUACAGGGGCCAGCAAUGGGAACACCGGCAACAACACCGACAACAAUGCUAGCACUGACACCGGUGAAAGAAAAGAAAGUGCAGAAAAAGAAAAACCACCAAAGGCAAAAGGAAGGAGCAUCUCAACAGAACCUUCAACCUCAGCCACCCUCACAACUCAGCCUGAAAGCUCGCCGAAAUUUCCUGGUUAUGCCGGUAACGUGCCUGGGGAAACGCAAGUCAAGUCCGAAUCUACUGUGCUCUGA